UUCUGACGGGUUGGGGGAAACGGCCUCAGGGUGCUGUGCGAGGUGCUGGGCUCUAUUUGUUUCAAGUAGAGUGGAGCGGUGCUGACCAGACCGGAGGAGUCGUAGCUCUUCUCUGCUUGCAGAGUCUUCCAGAGUGGAGUAAAGAAUGGCUGUUGAACAUCCACAAGGCACCUGCAAGACUGUGAAUCAAGGUUGAGACCAAGAAUUAUUUCUGAAAAAGGAUAUUUAUGGAAUAGAAUCAUCCUGAUGGGAGAUAAUGGAAAGACUUAUAAAAAACAGCAUUGAGUGUUCAAGUUUCAGAGGUGAUUGGGAAUGUAAAAGCCAGUUUGAGAGAAAACAGGAAUCUCAGGAAGGACAUUUCAGUCAAAUGAUAUUUACUCCUGAAGACAUACCCACUUUCAAUACCCAGCAUCAGAGAAUUCAUACUGAUGAGAAACUCCUUGAAUGUAAGGAAUGUGGGAAGGAUUUUAGUUUUGUAUCAGUCCUUAUUCGACAUCAGCGAAUUCAUACUGGUGAGAAACCUUAUGAAUGUAAAGAAUGUGGCAAGGCCUUUGGUAGUGGUGCAAACCUUGCUUACCAUCAAAGAAUUCAUACUGGUGAAAAACCUUAUGAAUGUAAUGAAUGUGGGAAGGCCUUUGGUAGUGGCUCAAACCUUACUCACCAUCAGCGAAUUCACACUGGUGAGAAACCAUAUGAAUGUAAGGAAUGUGGGAAAGCCUUUAGUUUUGGAUCAGGCCUUAUUCGACAUCAGAUAAUUCACAGUGGUGAAAAGCCUUAUGAGUGUAAGGAAUGUGGGAAGUCCUUUAGUUUUGAAUCAGCCCUUACUCGGCAUCACAGAAUUCACACAGGUGAGAAACCUUAUGAAUGUAAGGAUUGUGGGAAAGCCUUUGGCAGUGGUUCAAACCUUACUCAGCAUCGAAGAAUUCAUACUGGUGAGAAACCUUAUGAAUGUAAAGCAUGUGGAAUGGCCUUUAGUAGUGGUUCAGCUCUUACACGGCAUCAAAGAAUUCAUACUGGUGAAAAACCAUAUAUAUGUAACAAAUGUGGGAAGGCUUUUAGUUUUGGAUCAGCCCUUACUCGACAUCAAAGAAUUCACACCGGUGAGAAACCUUAUGUAUGUAAGGAAUGUGGGAAGGCUUUCAAUAGUGGCUCGGAUCUCACUCAACAUCAGAGAAUUCACACUGGUGAGAAACCCUAUGAGUGUAAGGAAUGUGAGAAAGCCUUUAGAAGUGGUUCAAAACUUAUUCAGCAUCAAAGAAUGCACACUGGUGAGAAACCCUAUGAGUGUAAGGAAUGUGGGAAGGCCUUUAGUAGUGGUUCAGACCUCACUCAGCAUCAGAGAAUUCAUACUGGUGAGAAACCCUAUGAAUGUAAGGAAUGUGGGAAGGCUUUUGGUAGUGGCUCAAAACUUAUUCAACACCAGCUAAUUCACACAGGUGAAAAACCCUAUGAAUGUAAAGAAUGUAGAAAGUCCUUUAGUAGUGGUUCAGCCCUUAAUCGGCACCAGAGGAUACACACUGGUCAGAAACCCUGUGAAUGUAAGGAAUGUGGGAAGACUUUUGGUACGGGCUUGAGCCGUACUCAACAUCAGAGAAUACAUACUGGUGAGAAACUUUAUGAAUGUAAGGGCUGUGGGAAGGCUUUGGAGAGGGGUUCAGAAAUUCAGCAACAUAAGAAAAGUCAUGCUGGUAAGAAGCUCUGUGAAUGAGAAACUCUAUAAAUUGGAAUUACGUAGUUAAGGAACCAUACAAUAAAGAGAAUUCAUAC